UUUUACCGCCUGCCGGAUUUGCAUCCUUGGAAAGUCCGGCUGGGAAAAGAUCGACGGUGAUCUCCGCUGUGUAUGACUAAGAAUACUGAUAGCAUACAGGGCUCUGCCAGCGCGGGAAGCUGUUCCAAUCCACUCAGCAAGUACAUACACAAUUUGUCCGCAUUGGUGUGCAAUCCUUCUGCUAGGAUAUGUGACUCGUGAGAAGGGACUUUGUUGAGUUGCCAUCAAAGUGCCGAUCGCGAGCAUUAUAUCAUCCCCGAAAGUGACACCCCAAUAUACUCGCACCUGCCAUCCUUGGGAGAAACCAAAUUUGUCAUAUGGCACAUUAGACCUCUUCCUUCACUUACACCGUCAUGUCUCCCUUCCCCGCCGAAAUUCUCGACACCCCCCUCCCUCCGGCACCCAAGAAACCUCGCCAUCGUCACUCUGCUGUUCAGCUCGCAGCCCUGAAUGGGCUCUUCGAGGAAACCGACCAUCCCUCCCUGUCGCAGCGCACGGCGUUGGCACAUUCUUUGGGCUUAGAGCUUAAGAGCGUCAACGCAUACUUUCAAAAUAAGCGUGCUUCUUCAAAGAAGCACCCACGAGGCAUCCCGUACGACGCCGCCCGCCCGCUCCCUUCCCUCUACCUCCCUCCGACCUACACAGUCCUCGAGGAAUACCAUCCUCUGCCUCACGCGCCGUUACCGCUCAUGGCUCGGUCCUUCCGAUCACUGGCACCGCCGCUUGAUCAGGGUCGGCUCAAUCAAUUGCAUCCGUCAACCGAUCAAAUUCAAUUGUGGCCCCACGACGAGCAUGACGACCUAGGCUUGUCCCCUGUCCGAGGGAACGACCUCGAGCACAUCUAUCGAAGCCGUCCUUUCCCCUCCUUCGACGAUUGCGCAGCAAUUGCAGACAACUAUAGGAUGCCCCAUCAGGUUGUGGUCGAAUGGUUCAAACGACGAGCGCGAGCGCAGGAGUCGUACGAGUACUCGCAGACACCCAGGCAUUAUGUUGACUCACGCCCGGUCACACUGCCACCGAUUUCUUCGCUGUCUGCAAGUCAUACGCCAAUGGAUAUAGAUCAAGAUUCCCCCAUUCAUGACGCCCCUCCCUCGUAUUCAGAUCUCUCGGCACUUGCCGCGCGUCCAAGACGAGGCCGACCUGAUCCGUUCCAGCUCCACAAUCUCCGCAGGCUGCUUAGCAAAACACUUAAUCCGUCGAUCGAGGAGCGGUCGGCCCUCGCACGGGAGAUAGGGAUGGAUCUUGGGAAGGUGACCAACUGGUACCGGAACAUCCGGCAAUCUGCGCGUAAGCGCGCCAAGCGCGCGGAGCAGCAGGUCAGCGAGGACGAGUUUGAUGUCGGGGAAAACGAGAAAGUCUAUCUUUCCGAAACAUCGAGAUCGACCCCUUCUCGGCCGUCCUCGGCAGAGGCUCACUCGAGCGACGACGAGCAGGAGGUCUUCACUCCUUCCUCGUGUCACUCCCAUCUCCACGAGGACGAGAAACUAAACAUAGAUGCGAGCAGCAGGUUCUCUUUCCAGGACUUUCAGGAUGCGGAACUGUUGUUGUCCUUCCACCGUCAGACUUUUCGUUGACGUUCGCAAGUUGUAAUUGAAAGUUCAAAGUAAUUGUAUACACGCAUAAUCCACUUUGUUGUACGUUAAGACUUUUAACACCAAUAUAUUGUAUCGGAGAUGGGGUCCGGAGAUGUCUUCCUUGCUGCGUGGAUCGGUGAUCCGUGAUCUGAUAGACACUGCUUCAGUGUGCGAACACUUUCACUUGCGCAGUGAUUCGUCGACUCAAACGGUCCGAUCUCAAGCCGACUUACAUCUUGACUCGGUUUUCGGCCGAAUCCUCUCCCAAAGUGUUGUCGGCAAGACUAGUUGCCCUUCCUCCUCCUUCCUCUUUCGGACUUUUCGGACAAGCUUUACAGCACUCAGAGCGCAAUUACUCGACCCCAGCCUGCAUUGCUGACGCAGAUUCGCUGUGUAUCAGGUAAACCAACACUUUCCUCGAUUCAGUCCCUCUUGGCACACGCCGGUCCAUCUUCUCAACGACAAGAGACGUGCAGGGAUUCCCACGUGGGGGUUCGAUCCGACGUUAAGCAGGUAGAUCAAGGACCGAGCGUCGUGGUGUUGGAUGCUUUAUAGGCUCACGCGCACACUUGUCUCUUGCCAAUUCCAUCCUUCUUUCUAUUCCACCAUGUCGAGCAACGCAUUCGCGGCAGAACGGGAGCUCAGCAUCUCUGCAGUGCGCAGGGCAUGCGCCUUGACGUCCGCGGUGUUCAACAAGCUCAUUAAAAACGAGACCUUGGUCAAGGGCGACAAGUCCCCUGUUACCGUUGGAGAUUAUGCCGCGCAAGCGCUGAUCAGUGUCAUGCUCAAGAACGCGUUUCCUGAUGACAAGAUCGUUGGGGAGGAAGAUGCUGCCGAUCUGCGCGUUGAGUCGGGCAAGGUCCUGAGGGACAGGAUCAUUGAACUCGCUAACGAGGCGAUCGUGGCCCCUUUGGGUGACGGCGACAAGGCGGAAUGGGGCAUCGGUCCCGGCCAGACGAAGACGACCGAUGAGCUCCUGGAUGCGAUCGACAGAGGCAACCACGAGGGCGGACGGCAAGGACGGAUGUGGACCAUAGAUCCCAUCGAUGGAACCAAGGGCUUCCUACGGGGAGAACAAUACGCUGUUUGUGUUUCCCUGUUGGCCGAUGCUCAAGUCCAACUCGGUAUUAUCGGAUGCCCUAAUCUUCCUGUGGACGCAUCAAAGCCAGAUGGAGAGCGCGGAUGCAUCUUCCUAGCCAUCCGCGGCCAGGGCUGUCAAAUGAUUCCUCUCAGCGGAGGUCCCGCAAAGUCUCUCACAAUCCCUGUUUUCGCGCCCGAGGACCUCUGCUCACUGGAAUCGGUGGAGGCUGCCCAUUCGUCGCAUUCGACAACGGACACCAUCUCGACUAUCCUCGGCAUCACGCGGCCGCCUGUGCGCAUGGACAGUCAGGCCAAAUACGGCUGCUUGGUCCGUGGCGAUGGCGGUAUGUAUCUUCGCAUGCCCACCGGCGUGGGCUACCGUGAAAAGAUCUGGGAUCACGCACCCGGAGCACUGCUUGUCGAGGAGGCCGGUGGAAUCAUCAGUGAUUCGCGUGGACACCCUCUGGACUUCGGGCUCGGACGAACUCUUGGAGAGAACUUUGGGGUCAUUGCUGCUGGGAAGGACGUCCAUCCACGAGUGCUGGAGGCGGUCCAACAAGCGAUGAAGAAAGAGUGACUAUUGUACAGAAUGCAUAGUAGAUACUGAAAUCAAUGUAGAAUAUAACUAAGUCGCCUUUUUUGUCUUUUUCUUUUUUGCAGACUUCGUCGAUUCUGAGUUGCUGUGAGCUGCAUCGGUAGUCGCAGAGUCGGAUCG